GAUACGACGAUCAAAGUAUGGGCUUUGAAUAGCGGGAAGCUGCUCGGGAGCUUCGAAGGGCAUAGAGGCAGUGUUUUAUGUUUGAAGUUCGAGAGAGAUUGGGAUAGACAUGGGGUUGACAAAGAACGGGAGGCUGAUGGUGGAAGGGUUCGUGGAUUUAUGGUAAGCGGGAGUAGUGAUUGCACAGUUUGCGUAUGGGAUUUGGGCGAAGCGGGGGAUGAGGUAGGAGAGGUCCGUGCGACAGUCAGAAAGGUACUGCGUGAUCAUUCUGGAGGCGUAGUUGAUUUGAGGAUGGAUGACCAGUGGGUUGUCAGCUGCGCCAAAGACGGUCUCAUUAAUGUGUACUGCCGGCGCACGCUCACACGAUUCCGCGCGAUACACGGCCAUGAAGGGUCUGUGAAUGCCGUUGGGCUCGAGCGAGGGAGGGUGGUAAGCGCAAGUAGGGAUGGCACUAUGAUGCUCUGGGACAUCGAAAGUGGGGAGAGGCUACGGUUAUUUGAAGGUCAUGAAAGAGGGAUGGCAUGUAUCGAAUUCAAGGACGACCUGAUUCUCUCUGGCUCGAACGACUGUACUGUCAAGCUAUGGAGAGCGUCGACAGGCGAAUGUCUGCACACAUUUGUGGGUCACACACUUUUGGUCCGUGCCUUGUAUUUCGAGCCGAGAAGUGGAUAUAUUGUGAGUGCGAGCUACGAUCGGUCGGUGAGGGUUUGGGAGUGGAAAGAGGGGGAAGGAGGUGGAAAUGGCACGGGACGACCUGUAAGAGUGUUCAAGAACCUGCAUGCGAGCCAUAUCUUUGAUGUGCGGUUUGAUGUGGGGAAGAUUGUCAGCACGUCACAUGAUCAGAGGAUUGUCGUGUUGGAUUUCACGUAUGGCAUAGACGGCGCCGAGCUUUUUGUUUGA